AACGUGAUACCUUUGCAAAUCCGGACGAGGAGCCACACUUUGCUGGAUCCGUUUCCCUGCAGACACACAGCUCCUGAAGCCCGUCCAGUCCUCCUCUCCUGCAGCAAUGGCAAAACGCAAGUCAAAGAAGCCCCAAGAAGAGGACACGUCCAUUUUAUUGGAGUCAACAGUAUCACAGUCCAAAAAGAGGAUAAACUCCCACCCAAACGUUACUCUAGCCUUGUUAUUCAUCAUAAUCUUCGCAGUGGGGGCGUCUUUAAUGGGGUGGUUUUGUGUGCAACAGCAGUACAGCCUCGACGAACUGUCAGAGUCUUUUACAACAAUGCAGAAGAGAAUCACAAACCUCCAGCAGGUGAUGGUGACGAGGGACGCACAGAUUGACACAGGUUUGGGUGUGGAGGAGAGGCUCAUUGCCCUGGAGGAGGCCCAGAAACAGGCUCAGGAAAAAGCAGAGGUCGCCCUGGCCACGUCAGAGAAGUUAAAAAACUAUGGCCACUACUCGCAGCUGCAGGCCCUCCAUGAUGAGAUGGACACCAGGUUGAAUGAGAUAAGGCAGGUCGCCCCGUCCGUCAAAACUCUCCAGGCUUUGUUCAAGAGCCAAAGUGAAGACUUCGCAGCCCUGAAGGAGAGCGUAGUGGCUGCUCUGAGCUCCAGCUCAGCCCUAGUCGAAAACGUGGCUCGGCUGACCACUGCCGUGACCAGUGGACACUCCAAAAUUGAUGAGCAGGUUGCAUCACUGGAGGCUCUUAAAGCACAGUUAGCAGGACAAACCUUGGAGCUGAAUGAUCUGAAAGAGUCAAUGAAUCUUCAUGAUGUUGCACUUCUUACAACCGACCAGGAGAUGGCUGCAAUAAGGGAGCUUUAUGAAGCUAAGCAGGCCAUGCAUGCACAGGCGCUAGAGGAUAUGCUCAGCUCAGUGCAGACGACUCUGGAUGAGCAGUUUUCCACCUCACAGACCCUCCGCAGCAGCGUCAUGGCUCAGCUGCAGACUUUUCACACCCAGUUGGCGAAUUCUCUUCUUCGGACAGUGAAACAGUCAAAUGAGGAGGGUUCAGCAGCAGAAGAGUUAAUUUCUGCUACAGCACAGGAUGCUGCUGAGGUGCAGCAGGAGCUAGACGACACUGACGAAGAAGAUGAGCAACAGGAUGCAGAAGAUGAAGCAGGAGAGGAGGAGGAGGAGGAGGAGAACAACGAGGAUGAAGAAGAAACUACAGAAGAGGAAGAAGAAGAAGAGCAAGAAGACGAGGAAAUGACAGACCCGAGUGAGGAGCAGGAGGCUGCUGCAGAGGAGGAGGAUACAGAGGAGAGUGUAGAAGAGGAGAGGGACGAGGAGGACUCUGAAGAAGUUGUGGAAAGGGAGGAGACUGUGGAGGCAGAGUCAGCUGAAUUGGACAGUGAGGUCAUCAUGGACGAAAGUGAGGACGACGGGUAG